CCGGAUCUUCAUGCAAGGCGGCACGCCUCAUCCUCCUUUUGCGUCGCUGUGAUACGUUCACGCGUCGAGGCAUGCCGUCACGCGCUUAUGCGUGACGAGAGACCAACGCGCUGCUCGCACUGUGCCUAGCACGAUUGGACCGGACUCGGGGCUCCUUUUCAUCGCACGCUGUGCAGUGUGUGUGCAGCAAGAGGGGAAGCUGCUACUCAACUUCUUACCGCGGCUCGUAGUGCUGCACCAUGCGGCAUUCUGAACACGUAGAAUCUAGCGCUGACGCCUGGGAACUUUAUCACAUCGAGAGAGUGCACCUUUGAGGCUUCGGAUCCUCUUUCACGUCUCGUAUGUAAUCCCGCCAUGACCACCGCAAAGAUCGUCGCCCCGGCACCCAUCGCUGAGGUCCCCAUCCCACUGCUCGCCGAUAAGUCAAUAGUCAAAGUCAAUACCGGCGACCUGGCCGAGCAGGAACCGCUUCCGUUUGACCCCAAGGCCCUCAGAGAGAAGUACCUCGCCGAGCGAGAUAGACGUCUUGCGAGAAACGAGGGGAUCGAGCAGUACACGCUUCUCGAUGGCGAGCUCUCGCGUUAUCUGAAGGAUCCCUGGGUUGAGCCGGGAUUCACGAGGGAUCCGGUGGAAGAGGAGACGCAUGUUGUGAUUGUGGGUGGAGGGUAUGGGGCGCAGGUUGUCGCUGUCAGGCUGAUUGAGGCUGGGGUCGAGAACUUCAGGAUCAUCGAGAAGGCUGGAGACUUUGGUGGGACUUGGUACUGGAAUCGAUACCCGGGUGCUCAGUGCGACAUCGAGUCUUACAUUUACAUGCCUCUACUUGAGGAGCUUGGCUAUAUGCCUACAGAGAAGUAUGCGAAAGCAGGGGAACUGCUCGGGCACUCGUGCAUGAUUGGCGAGAAAUACAACUUGUACUCCAAGGCCUUGUUUCAGACCGAGACUCGCGAGAUGCGCUGGCUGGAAGAGGAAGGCAAGUGGACUACUCGCACAUCACGCGGCGAUGUGAUCAAGUCGCGGUUUGUCAUCCCUGCGGCAGGGCCGUUGCAUCGGCCCAAGCUUCCUGGCCUGGAAGGACUCGAUGAGUUCAAAGGCCACUCUUUCCACUCUUCGCGGUGGGACUUUGACUACACUGGCGGCGACCCUUCUGGCAAUCUGCACAAGCUGAAGGACAAGCGUGUUGGUAUAAUCGGGACAGGCGCUACGGCUGUUCAGAUUGUUCCUCACCUGGGUGAGUGGGCACAGCACGUCUAUGUCUUCCAGCGCACGCCGUCAUCGAUUGAUGUCCGCGGCAAUCGACCUACUGAUGAUGAGUGGGCUAAGAGCCUCAAGCCGGGUUGGCAAAAGCACCGCAUGGACAACUUCGAUAGCCUUGUCAAUGGCGGCAAUGAGCCUGAGGAUCUGGUCGGCGACCGCUGGACAGACAUCAUCCGUUCUCUCCUCACCGUUAAAGGCGAUCCGACCGAGGACCCCGCUGCAUUUGCCGCCAAACUCCAGCUCGCGGACUUCAAGAAGAUGGAGAGCAUCCGCGCCCGCUGCGAUGACAUCGUCAAGGACAAGGCAACUGCGGACGCCCUGAAGCCAUGGUACAACCAAUUCUGUAAACGCCCGUGUUUCCAUGACGAGUACCUGCAGACUUUCAACCGGCCAAAUGUCAGGCUCAUCGACACCCGCGGCCAAGGCGUCGACCGCCUGACAGAGAAAGGCGUCGUGGCCAACGGCACCGAGUACGAAGUCGACUGCCUGAUCUACGCGACCGGCUUCGAGCUCGCAAACGAAUGGUCGCACAAGACCGGCAUCGAAAUCUACGGGCGCGACGGCACAACCAUCACCGAGAAGUGGAAAGACGGCGCCGCAACGUUGCACGGCUGGUCGAGCCGCGGGUUUCCAAACUGCCUCUGGGUGUCCAUCGUGCAAGCCGCGCUGACGCCAAACUUCAUGCACAUCACCGCCGCGCAGGCACAGCACUUUGCGUACGUGAUUGCGAGGUGUAAUGCGCGCGGGAUAAGGACAGUGGAGCCCACAAAAGAGGCCGAGGAGGAGUGGUGCGAUACAAUUGUCAAGGGCACGGCGAUCAGGGCGGACUUCUUCAACGAGUGCACGCCGGGGUACUACAACAACGAAGGCAAGCCGAGUGCAAGCGCCGCGCGAAACGCGACGUAUGCAUAUGGCAGCCAGGCAUUCAUCAAGAUCCUGGAGGCGUGGAGAGAGAAGGGGAAUCUAGGUGGUUUGGACGUACGGUACUUCGAGAAUGGACGGGCUAGCGCAAACUUGUAGCUCUUAAACGUACGUCUGCUACAUCAGACACACGCC